AUCCCUUCCCAGUUUCCACUAUGGCAAAGCUCACCGUUCUUGUAGCCACCUUCAUAGCCCUCCUCUUAGUGGUGGACGCCUCCAUUUACCGAGCCACCGUGAUCAUCGACGACGGUGGUGAUGAUGCAGAAAACCAACCUCGGAAAAGUUGUAGCCGGGAGAUCCAGCAGGCGCAGAAUCUGAGGGAUUGCGAGGAACAUAUAAGACGAACAGUCAAAGGCCAACGAGGUGCAGAGGAUGAAAUUGAGAACAAAUCGGACCAAUUUCAGAGGUGCUGCAACCAACUUCAGCAGAUGGAUAGCAGCCAGUGCCGAUGCGAGGGUCUGAGUCAGGCGGUUCGCCGGUUACAGAGCAAGGGAAAGCUUCAAGGUCAAGAUGUCCAGAAAGCUUACAGGACGGCUGAGACCUUAACAUCGCAGUGCCAUGUAUCUCCAAGACAAUGCCAAAUGCAGCCGAGCUGGUCGGUGUAGAAGAAAUAUAUAGCAGCACUAGCUAAGUGGCCAACCGCACGGGAUAUAUGCACAUAGAAAUAAUCAUCGCUGCUCCGGCAAUUUAGCCGGAGAUAGAUGAUUACUACUAGUGUUAAUUAAUAAUAAGCGCAUUAUCGUGUGUGGUUAAUUAUUGCUGUGAGUUUUAAGACGCCAUACACAUAUAUAUGCAUAUGCUGUGAAUUACCCUGCUAAUGAUAAUAAUAUAUUUUUGUG